CUAAAAUAAAAAAGAUGGAAUCAAAAAAGCUGAGUAAAAUAAUUGAACUGAUUUUUCUGUCCAUUGCUGUAAGAAUAAUAACCUUAUAUCAUAAAGUGGUUAUCAGUGAUGGCCUGUUUAAUAAGGACUGAUUUUAAUUUCCCAUUUGCCUUUUUCUGCUAUUAUUUAUGGAUAUCAAGAGAUGACAAGGCCAAUUCGUUAAUGGUAAAUCAAUCCUUAUAUGCAUAAUUUAGUUAAUGGUUUUGAAUGGAAUCCUCAUCCUGGUGGACUUAAUUUGGCUCCUAUCAGUUGGAUCCAUUUGGACAGCAACAGAGAAAAACAAUCCUGUCUGGGGACACUUGCAUGGACUUCAUGUAUUUGUUAUUUUCAUCAGCAUUGUAAACGUCUUAUUGAAAGUAUUUUAAUCAAUCCAUCUUUAGGUUGGUGUUAUUGUAGCAAUUAAUUCUUACAGAGGAAAUUAAUCUUAAGUUGGUAAUCCUCUUAUUAAUUCUAGCUGGUUCAUUAUAAAAUCCUCAAUAGAGUGGUCUAAACGAUGUUUCUUAAAAUAGAUAAGUCCCUUAUGGAUAAUAUUGAUCUAAUAAAAUCAACCAAAAUUAUAUUAACUUCUAAU